AUGAGAAUCCUUGUCCUGCUCUUAACCACUUUUCUUCUGCUCUCCCAAGGUUCUCCAAUGGGAAGUGACCUUGACGCAGGCAGGAUAUGCGGCUACGGGACUGCUCGCUGCCGGAGGAACUGUAAGAAACACGAGUUCAAAGUUGGAAAAUGCCCCAACACCUAUCCGUGCUGUUUGAAAAAGUGGAAUGGCAACUCACCGAAUCCUUUGAAGGACAGAAAGCCGAAGGGAGCCUGGCUCCUAGAAAUGGCCGCCAGCCAGACCUCUGAGCCUCCCUUCUCCGGGCCGUCCCGCUGGACCGUCCCCAGCGGAACCAGUCUGGUGGAGUGAGGGCCGGCCGAGGGCGCUCACGCGUGCAGAGCCGAGGCGGGAGCAGUGAGCACAGGGCCUCUGCCUGACGGCGGCGGGCAGCAGUGCAGGUCCCAUGAACGCCUCAGUACUUCAAAAGAUGAGCCAGAAGCAGGUCCAAUCCGCCACAAGCCUAAGUGAACACCGUUUUAUUCUUUUGCCUGAAUCAUACUGAAUGAUCUUGUAACAUUGGGUUUCUUUUCUGUCAGCAGUCCCUGCUCAAUAGUUAUACGUG